AUGGAUCCCGGAAAGCCUGUUGAUCUGCCCGAGAGGCCCAAGGAGGUCGCUGAGCCUACAGACCCCAACAAGAAGUCCAAGAGCCAGCUUAAGAAGGAGGCCAAGGAGCAGGCCAAGAAGGACCGCAAGGACCAGCCCAAGCCUGUCAAGGAGAAGGCUCCCAAGGCUCCCAAGGCCAAUGCAAAGGAGGCUGCUCCCCCCCGGGAUCCUGAUGCCAUGUUCAAGGUCGGUUUCCUGUCGGAAGUCUACCAGGAAAAGCCCCUCUCCGAGACUGUCCCCAAGAUCCGCACACGAUUUCCGCCCGAGCCCAACGGAUUCCUCCAUAUCGGUCACAGCAAGGCCAUUGCCAUCAACUUUGGAUUCGCCAAGCACCACGGCGGCGAGUGCAUCCUGCGCUUUGACGACACCAACCCCGAAGGUGAGGAGGAGCGCUACUACAAUGCCAUCCGCGAUAUCGUGACCUGGCUUGGAUUCAAGCCUGUGCGUGAGACCUGCGCCAGUGACAACUUCGACCGUCUCUACGAGCUUGCUGAGGAUCUCAUCAAGCGUGAUGGCGCAUACAUGUGCCACUGCACCAAGGCCGAGAUCAAGGUUCAGCGUGGAGAGGGUGAGGGCGGCCAGCGCGGCGGAGAACGUUUCGCUUGUAGCCACCGCACCCGUCCCAUUGAGGAGUCCAUGGCUGAGUUCCGUGCUAUGCGUGAUGGCAAGUAUAAGGCCGGUGAGGCUGCUCUGCGUAUGAAGCAAGAUCUCACAGACCCUAACCCCCAGAUGUGGGAUCUGUUUGCCUGGCGUAUCAUGGACAGCGAGGAGAAGCAGCACCAUCGUACCGGUGGCAAGUGGAAGAUCUACCCCACCUACGACUUCGCCCAUUGUCUGUGUGAUAGCAUUGAGGAGAUCUCGCACUCGCUCUGUACCACAGAGUUCGAGCUUUCCCGUGUCUCGUAUGAUUGGCUCUGCGAUAAGCUGGAGGUCUACCGCCCUAACCAGCGUGAAUAUGGUCGUCUCAACAUCACCGGAACUGUCCUCUCCAAGCGCAAGAUUAUCCAGCUUGUGAAGGAGGGCCAUGUCCGCGACUGGGAUGAUCCCCGCUUGUACACCCUCAUUGCUCUUCGUCGCCGUGGUGUUCCCCCCGGUGCAAUCCUCUCCUUCGUCAACGAGCUCGGCGUAACAAAGAACACAACCAACGUCCAAGUCGCCAAGUUCGAACAGGCCAUCCGCCAGUACCUGGAGACCACAGUGCCCCGUCUAAUGGUCGUUCUCGAGCCAUUGAAGGUCAUCAUCGACGACCUCCCCGACGGCCACGUCGAACUAGUCGACUCCCCCUUCUCACCCAAGGAUCCCUCCUUUGGCACCCACAACAUCCCCUUCACAAAGACAAUCUACAUCGAGCGCUCCGACUUCCGCGCCGUUGACUCGCCGGACUACUUCCGCCUCGCCCCAGGCAAGACAGUCGGUCUCCUCAAAGCCCCCUACCCCAUCACCGCAACCUCCUUCGAGACCGAUCCAGCAACCGGCGAAGUCACAGUCGUCCACGCCAAAUACGAGAAACCCGCUGAAGGCGAAACCCCCAAGAAGCCCAAGUCCUUCAUCCACUGGGUCGGCGAGUCCGCCGAACACAACAGCCCUAUCCGUGCUGAGGUCCGCGCUUUCAACCAGCUCUUCAAGUCCGAGGAUCCGUCCGCCCACCCUAAGGGUUUCCUCGCUGAUAUCAACCCCGAUUCCGAGGAAAUCUACAAGGAUGCCAUGGUCGAGACUGGUAUCACGGAUAUCUCCAAGUCUGCGCCUUGGCCCAAGGCGGCUGCUGAGGAUGAUGUCGAGAAUAACAAGCACUGUGUCCGUUUCCAGGCUAUGCGUAACUUCUAUGUUUGCGUUGAUCGUGAAUCCACCCCUGAGAAGCUUGUGCUUAACCGCAUUGUCACGCUUAAGGAUAACCAGGGUAAGAACUAG